AAAUUAUUAUUUUUAUUGACUAUGAGUACUAAUAUUGGUAUAAAUAGUUUUGUAUUGUUAUCAUCAUUACUACUAGUAAUUAGUAGUUAUGUCAGUGCCGUUGUCGACAUUAAUACAACAUCGGGUGUCGUACGCGGACAGACCAUUCAUAUACAGACUAAACUAUUGGACGCUAAGAUAGAUCAAUGGUUAGGCAUACCAUAUGCCGAACCACCUGUCGGUGACCUAAGGUUUACAUAUCCGGUGCCCUAUAAAUACAGAAAAGAUGUAAUCGACGCUACCAAAGCCAAAAGCUCAUGUAUGCAACCAUUUUCCGAAACUGAACGACACCUGUAUGGAGAUCUGACGCUUAGCGAGGACUGUCUGUUUAUCAAUAUAUGGAGACCAACAUCGAUACCACCGACAAACAAACAGGAGGCGGCCAGUAGAGAUGAUGAUAACCUGAAACCGGUUAUGUUUUGGAUACACGGUGGCUCACUAAAAACGGGAUCCAUAUUCGGAAAAAUAUACAACGGUUCGGCACUGGCAGCACAGGGAGUAGUGGUAGUAUCGGUCAACUAUCGGUUGGGACAGUUCGGGUUUCUGUUUGGCGACAGUGAACAGGCACCGGGUAAUGUCGGUUUCUACGAUCAACUAUUAGGCAUGAAAUGGGUCAGAGAUAAUAUUCAGCGGUUUGGUGGCGACAGAGAUCGGGUAACAAUUUUCGGACAGUCAGCGGGCAGUUGGUCAGUGAUGGAGCACAUACUGUCACCGAAGUCUAAAGGUUUGUUUCGACGGGCUAUUAUGCAAAGCGGUUCGUUGAUGUACAACAAGGACAGGGAUGUUGUCAGCAAACCGGAAGCACUGAAAGUCGCGCUUGAAAUAGCCGUUUUGAACAAGUGUUUCGAUCCAAACCAAUGGAUACAGUGUUUGCGUCGGGUGUCGGCCGACCAGUUGACCAAACUAACCGGCAGUCUGGCGGCAUCGCCAGUCUAUGAUACACCAUUCCUGCCAAUGCGGGCACAGUUAGCUUUCGAGAAAAAUCUGUACAAUUCAGAUAUCGAUCUGAUGGCCGGUGUGACCGCCGGCGAAGGACACGAAUUGGUUAAGCUAUUGCUCGAUAAAAACUCUACGGUAACUGUCGUCGGCUUCAAACUGGCCGUCCAACUACUCUCAAAUAUCUAUCAUAAUAUCGAUGUCAACAAAAUCAGUGAUUUUUAUUUGAAAAAUAUCAGUCCAUGGGAUUCGCCGGCAAUGUUGAACCAAUUUGGCAAACUGGCCGGCGAUCUGAUACUCAAGUGUCCCACUUAUUUGUUUGCCAAACAACUGGCCGCCAAACAUCUGAAACCUGAAACUAAUGUCUACUUUUAUGAGCUAACCUACGGUAGCCAAUGGUUUGACCAACUAAUCGGUUGUAAUCCUAAAGUUGAUGGCGUAUGUCAUUCAUCAGAUAUACCGUUUGUAUGGGGACUACCCCUACUCGAUCCGGUCGGCUAUACCCAGGAUGACUAUACUUUAGCUCAGUGGACACUGAAAUGGUGGACCGAUUUUGCUAAAACUGGUAAACUGGAUAGUAAUUGGGCUCAGAUGUUGUCGGCCACCGAAACCAAUGUAAAAGAUUGGAAUCCACGAAACAUUACUAAAAUGUUGGAACACGUGUUUGACGACACGUGCGACGGUGUUUGGAAAUCAUACUUUUUAUAGGAUUAUAUUUUAUA